UUAGAGUAUCCACCACUGGACCAAAUUCUUUCAAGAGAAGCCAACGACAAUCCUUACAUAAAUGUUCAAACAAAUCCUUCAGAUAACGUAGACCAUUACCUUCUUCAGUUAUACCAAACAAUUUUACUCAAAGACGAUAAGAAGCUUUUGACAAAUCUUAUAAGCAAGAACCAAAUAAUUCUAACAAAGGAGGACCUUGAAAAUGUUAUCUCACGAAUAACAGGAAAGCAAUGUGUCAUUGACUAUCUCGACCCUGAAAUCGAAUGCUGUGGUCAAACUCCACUAUUCAUGAAAAUAGGUAACAUCCGCAUCAUUGAAACACCAGGAACUACAGGAGUUGAGUUUAAGUAUAAAUAUUCGAACGAGUAUACAAAACUUUCAACAGAAUAUAAACUUUGCUUGAAAUAUGUUUUAGUAAAUUAA